AUGGCAGCCAAAGACUGGAGCGCAGCGCAGUACCUCAAGUUCGAGAAUGAACGCACACAGCCAGCGCGUGAUCUCCUCGCACGCGUACCUCUCACUUCACCAAAGCGCAUCAUCGACUUGGGCUGCGGCCCCGCAAACUCCACUAGCGUCAUCACAACACGCUACCCCGAAGCCUCAGUAACAGGCCUGGAUUCAUCGCCAGAUAUGAUCAACAAAGCGAAAGGCACCUUACCAGGAGUUGACUUCCAUGUUGCUGAUCUCAACACCUGGAAUACAGAAGAGAAAGUCGAUUUGUUCUUCUCAAACGCCGUUUUCCAAUGGUUGAAGGGCCCCGACCGCAUUGCGGUCAUCAAGCGACUCCUAGAAUCCCAAGAAAAGGGAACUGUCUUCGCUCUUCAGGUCCCUCAUAAUUUGGGUGAGCCUUCGCACGUGCUUAUGGGAGAGGCUGCUGCAGCGGGUCCGUGGAAGACAAAGCUUGCUGGUGUCCAGAGAGACAGGUUCCAGUCGCCACAGGAGUUGUAUGAUGCUGUAAAGCCGUUUGCUUCGGUGGUGGAUAUCUUCGAAACAAGUUAUUACCACUCGCUCGAGAGCCACGAGGCUGUUAUUGAGUGGGUAAAAGGUACCGGUCUGAGGCCGUUUGUUGAUCCUUUGGAUGAAGAGGAGAAGAAGGGAUUCCUGAAGGAGUAUUUGAGGAGGCUCGAAGCGGCUUACCCUGUCUCUGUUGAUGGAAGGGUAUUGUUGAAGUACCCGCGGUUGUUUAUGGUUGCUGUGAAAUGA